UGCCGCUCGUGCUCCUCUCUCAGCUCGGCUCCUUGUUCGCAAGCAUGCACAACUGCAGCAAAGGCAGUUAGGUGACCUCGGAUGGCCACAAGGUCGCACGGGCCGUCAGAUCUGCCCGCGGUGCCAGCAAGCAGGAAGGCGUCUGUGCUGCCCGGCCGCCGCGUCACCGCAGCAGGCUCGCAGUCUCUCAGCAGCCGUGGCGAUGGGCCAUGGACAUCAUAUGCCCGAUCAACCCGGGCCCUGCUGGCGGUGACAUCUCCUGCCGAGCGCAAAAGCGCAGCGGAGCAGAUGCGCAGCGGCAGCGGCGUGCGGUGUGGCGCGGCGCAACACCUCCGCCUCUCCGGCUCGCAGCUCGGCGCAUCCCUCGGCGCGGUCACAUCUCGAGCCGCGAGCCGGCAGCGGAGAGAGAGAGAGAGGUCCCUGCAGCGCAAGCAGCAAUGCACGUGUGCGGGUGCCAACAGCUCAGACGCUUACCGCUCGCCUGGCUCUGCCAACGGGAGCAGCAGAGCGCUCGCAAGGCGUGCUCCAGUGCGAGGGCAGAAGCCUGGGACGAUGCGUGCCUGACGCCCGCUGCCGGCGACGGCGCAGGCACCGCCACCGCUCUCUCCGCAUGCCGUCGAGCGCAGGCCGCCUCGCAUGCCAUCUCGAGGCUCCCUCGGCGGCACAGCAUGAGGCAGCACGGCGAGCGGCAUGUUUACGGGCCCUCUGCGCGCUGGCGCGACGUCGCGCG